AUGGCUCUAUAUGAGGCUCUGUAUGGCAGAAAAUGUCAAUCCUCGCUAUGUUGGUAUGAAACUAGAGAAAGAAGUUUACUAGGGCCUGAGAUGAUAACUGAAACUACUGAGCAAAUAAAGAAGAUUCAUAGCCGAAUGCUUAUAGCCCAGAGCCGUCAAAAGAGUUAUGUUGAUCUAAGGAGAAAGCCUUUGGAAUUUGAAGAAGGGGAGCAUGUCUUUCUGAAGGUUAUACCAACCACUGAAGGAAGAAGAGCUAUUAAGACUAAGAAACUGAAUCCCCAUUAUAUUGGACCGUUUGAGAUCCUGAGAAGAAUUGGACCGAUAGCUUAUAGAAUUACUUUACCGCCUUAUCUUUUGAACUUGCAUGACGUGCUUUAUAUAUCACAGCUUUGGGAGUAUACUCCUGAUGCGAGUCAUGUUCUGGAACCAAAACCGAUUCAAAUAAGAGGAGUUCUAACACUUCCAGUAAUUCCGGUAAGAAUUGAUGACACCAGCGUUAAACGAUUGCGUGGAAAGAAAGUAUCAUUGGUAAAAGUAGCUUGGAGUCGAGCUGGUAUUGAGGAACAUACUAGGGACCUCGAAUCAGACAUGUGGAAAGACUACCCACAUCUCUUUUCAGGUAACUGA